UUGGUGUCAUAACACUACACUCUAACCACCCUAACUAACUGGCCAGCCCCUGGAAACAAUUUAAAAGUGGAUCAAGAGAAGAAUGGGUCUUUCUAGGGACCCAGUCUACCUUCAGGAAGAAAAGAUACAGGCAGAGAUGAUGGUGGCUGACUGCCUCUCAAAUUGUUAUCAGGAUUCAGUGACCUUUGAGGAUGUAGCUGUGGACUUCACUCAGGAAGAGUGGACUUUACUGGACACAACUCAGAGAAACCUAUACAGUGAUGUGAUGCUGGAGAACUACCAGAACCUGGCCACAGUAGGAUGGGAAAUGCAACUUGAAGCCAAAUGGUCAGCACUUCAGCAGAAAUUUUUCAGGGGUCAAACAUCCAAUGGGAUACAAAAGGCAGGAAGCCACAAUGGAGGAGAACUCUGUGACUGUGAGCAUUGUGGAGAAGUCUGCAGUGAACACUCAUGCCUUAAGACACACUUGAGAACUCAAAAUACAGGGAACACUUAUGACUGUAAUCAGUAUGGAAAAGACUUUCUUAUUCUGCACAAUAAAAUCUCUACUGGAGAGGAACUUUCUGAGUUUAAUCAGAAUGGAAAUAUUUUCAGCCUGACACCAAAUAUUGUGUACCAGAGAACUAGCACACAAGAGAAACUCUUUGAAUGCAGUGACUGUGGGAAAUCCUUUAUUAACCAUUCACACCUUCAGGCACAUAUGAGGACUCACACUGGAGAAAAACUCUAUGAAUGUGACAAAUAUGGGAGAGGUUUUAUUCGCUCCACAAGUCUUGCCGUGCUUAUAGAAACGCUCAAUGCAAAAAAACCCUACAAAUGUAAGGAAUGUGGAAAAGGCUAUAGAUACCCUGCAUACCUCAGUAUUCAUAUGCGAACCCAUACUGGGGAGAAACCCUAUGAAUGUAAGGAAUGUGGGAAAGCCUUCAAUUAUUCCAAUUCAUUUCAGAUACAUGGACGAACUCACACUGGAGAGAGACCCUAUAUAUGUAAGGAAUGUGGAAAAUCCUUUACUCAGUACUCAGGCCUUGCUAUACAUGUACGAUCUCACAGUGGAGACAGGCCCUACGAAUGUAAGGAAUGUGGGAAAGCCUUCCUUACAUCCUCCCGCCUUAUUCAACAUAUACGAACUCACACUGGAGAGAAGCCUUUUGUAUGUCUCAAGUGUGGGAAAGCUUUUGCUAUUUCUUCAAAUCUUAGUGGACAUUUGAGAACUCACACUGAAGAGAAGGCCUGCGACUGUAAGGUAUGUGGAAAAGUAUUUGGGUAUCCCUCACGUCUUAAUAAUCACAUGCGAACUCAUAGUGUCCAAAAACCAUACACAUGUAAGGAAUGUGGGAAGGCUUUUAACUAUUCCAACCACCUUAAAAUUCACAUGCGAAUCCACACUGGAGAAAAACCCUAUGAGUGUAAACAAUGUGGGAAAGCCUUCAGUCAUUCCAGUUCAUUUCAAAUACAUGAAAGAACUCACACUGGAGAGAAACCCUAUGAGUGUAAGGAGUGUGGUAAAGCAUUCAUAUGUUCCAGUUCCUUUAGAAUUCAUGAAAGAACUCAUGCUGAAGAGAAACCCUAUAAAUGUCAGCAAUGUGGCAAAGCCUACAGUCAUCCCCGUUCACUUCGAAGACAUGAGAGAACUCAUAGUGAGAAACCCUAUCUCUGUAAGCAAUAUGGGAAAGCCCUCAUUUCUGGCAGUUUUCUUGGAAGACGUGAAUGAACUCACACUGGAGAGAAACCCUAUGAAAAUUAUUUAGUUAAAAUGAGUCUGUUAGUGUAGAGCCCUAAUCCAAUAUUGCUGGAGUCCACACACUUAAGAGACACACACUUAAGACCAUGUGAAGUCGUUUAGAAUGGACAUCUGCAAGCCAACGACGGAGGACUAGAACAGGUGUUUGUGUUCAGGUCUCCAGAGGAAACCAACCCUGCCAGCACUUUGGACUUCCAACCUCCAGAACUGUGAGCAAAUAAAUUUCCAUUGUUUAA